AUGGAUAGUGGUAAAGAUCAAGAAUUCAAAGUGAAAGAGUUGGCUAACACAACAACAAGGACAAUAAAAACGGUGACAAACGCAUCAGUAGAUGCUAAUUCAAUAACACAUAAUUUGUCCACAAACUGUUAUCCAACACAAGUAGUUCAUCCCAUUGUUAAUAGAGAUGAAAGGAAAAAGUCAUCUUCAUCUCCACUAUCAUCAUCGUCGUCGACGUCGACAUCAGCAUCCUCAUCCUCAUCUUGUACACCAACUGUUACACGGAAAUUUACACAGAAGUAUAAAACAAUGAAAACAGUAGACAGUGAAAAAGUUGACAGUAAAAUAUUAUCAAUAGGAUUAAAUGAACACUUAAGAAGGAGAGAUGAACAAUUGUGUAUAAAUCAGAAACAGUCAACACUUCCACUCUCACCACCACCAGCACCAUCACCAUCACCAUCAGGACAAUACACAUCGUAUCGAUCAGAGAUUACACCUGAAACAUCUAGAGAUCAAAUGAAACAGAAUAAACAAGAAUCAUUCAACAAUACUGAUAAAUUAAAUACAAAAUUGAAUGAUAUCGGUUUUUAUCGUAUUCUAAAUACAAUUGGAUCAGGAAAUUUUUCACAAGUGAAAUUAGCAACACACAUUUUAACUCAAGAACGUGUUGCUAUCAAAGUGAUCGAUAAGAGUAAAAUGGAUUCAGUAACUAGACGAUUACUCAGUCGUGAAAUAUCCAUCCUGGAAAGUUUACAUCAUCCAAAUAUUAUACGAUUAUAUGAAGUGAUUGAAACGAUGACACGUUUAAAUUUGGUUAUGGAAUAUGUGGCUGGAGGGGAUUUAAAUCGAAGGAUAGUAAAAUUUGGAAAAUUAACUGAACACGAAGGCAGAAUUGUAUUCGCUCAACUGAUUGCUGCCGUUAAUCAUUUACAUGAACGUAAUAUUAUUCAUCGUGAUAUUAAAGCAGAGAAUAUACUAUUCGCGUAUAACUUUCAAAAUUUAUGUCAGACAUCAAUGAAUAUAAAAAAACAAUGUGGUAAAUUGAACAAAGAAAAUUUGAAAAAUCGUAAUUACUUUGGUGAUAAACUACAAAAACUACUUCGGUAUAGAUCAUAUUCAAAUAAAAGUAGAAUUUAUGAUUUUUCAAAUAAAGAUGAUACUUUUCAGUCAGCACAAACAGAAAAUAAUAAUGAAUUGAAGCGGCAAAAUUAUAAUCAACAGAAUAUUUCAAAUUAUCCAUAUGAUAAUAAACUAAUCAGAGAUGAUUUUAA